AUGUCCCAGAAUUAUCCAAGAAUGACAUCGAGCCCAAUAACGUCAAUGGGAAUAUUUUAUACGGAGCAAUCACUGAAAUGUGAAUUAUAUUUCAAUGAUCCCUAUGGAAAACAGAGUUUCGAAUAUAAGGAAACAAAGAUCGAUCAUUUGAAAAUCUUCGUUGAAUACCUGGAAGAAAUAAUCAAUAAUCAAACAGGUCUUGUCAAUUCCCUCAAAAUCAAGUACAGUGGUCUUGAGGAAAACUACUCAAAGAACAAGUUGGACCCAGUCAUUACCCAGAUAUUCAAGUGUCUGGAAUCGAGAAAAGAACUUUUUCAAGUCAAAAGACUAUCGAUCGAUGCAGUUGAUAUGAGUCAGGCAAUGAGAGUCGUCAAGUUAUUGGAUCCAUCGGUUUUGAAGAAAGUCGAAUUUUGUUUUGAAAAUAGAGAUGAGGAUAUCGAUAUAGAGGAUGCUCUGGCUUUGGUACUAUGGAAUGAAGGGCAACGGAUGAAAUUGGUUUUCAAGUUACACACCAUGCGCCCAAAAUAUUUGGAAUCGGUGGAAAAAUUUCUUCUACAUCGAACAACUUUCACUGAGAUCUUCGUUUAUUAUAAACACUGUGUCCAUGAUCAUGGGAGUUUGAGAUCAAUUAUGGAUGUUCCAAUGCAACAUGAAACUCCCGGCUCAAAGGAGAAGUUUAUCAAGUUCCAACUGUCACAUAGUCUGUUGUUAUCUGCGGGUUUAGUGAAAUUAACUCUGAGCAACGAUGUAUCUGCAAAGGUUCUCGGAAAUCCAUUGAUUAUGAAACGUGUCAUUCAAUCGUUCGGGUUUUGGAAUAUCCAACGACUCCGUAAAACGUCUCGUGGAAUCAGGAGCUGCGUUGACUUCCUCAAACCCGUUACCCAUAUUUCUGAAUAUAAUGUUUAUUUCUUAAGUGAUAUUCAUCCAAGUGCACGUAUUGAAACUGGACGUUACUGGUCAAAAAACUGGAUUUAUGGGAAACAUGAAAUUUCUGAGGACAUAAAUGUACUGUGUCAGAAGGCACAAGAUCAAGUUUUGCAUGAUUUCGAGAAACUUAGAGAAAUUCUAUCAACAAGAAGUCAGUUACUAAAAGUGAAAGUGUUGGAAUUGUUAUGUUGCACGGACGACAAUAUGAUGCAAAUCCUCCCCUACCUUGACCCAAAAUGCUUGAAAAAAAUUGAGCUGAUCGAUCCGCGAUCAGAAUAUGGAAGACUCGGUGACAGGGUUAAAUACCCAGAGUCCAUGUUGAAACCGUUCGUACUGGACGAGAUAUGUCAGCUGGAACAGUGGAAGAACGCGACGGAACUGAAGAUUCGAUCACAGCCAAUAUCCACUUCAAUUCAAAAAAUGAAUCUCACUGAAUUCUCAAAAGUUUGGAUAGACGUGGAGACAAUUAGUUCAGAAGAUGUGUUAUAUUUGAAAGAUCAUCUUCUGCUAUCGACCACUUUCCGAAGAUUCAUAAUUCAUUUCAAAAACACGACAAUUGACUACGAAACUCUUCACGGACUAAUUGGACCACCGCAUCGAAUCUUCAGCGAUGAUGAUCGUAUCUGGUUUUUCCAAAUGGAAGUGAAUAAUCAAUUUUUGAAAGUUAGCUUGGAUAGAGGGUGUCUUAGAUUUGAUCUUGCUGACUACAUAAGACAAUACAGAUAG